AUGUCGGAGAUCGAAGCCUACGUCGCUGAGCACAUCAGAUUUGACAAGGAUAAGCCGUUCCAUCGUGUGCUGGCAGAUAUCUUCAACAGCAGAGGCAUCUGGCCACAGCCAGUUGAUCGUGAUCCCGAGCUGGAUGCCGUCGGUACAAUCUGGACAUACAAUCAGCCCACCGACGUUGCACCUUUCGCUGGAGAAGAGCGUUGGACGACUGGCUUUGGUCAUGCUUAUAGACUGGCGCGAUGCAUUCUUGAGCUACAUCUUCAGCACCACGCACCUGACUUCGUGGACAGUCGAAUCGACAUCAUGGACCGUACGGCUUCCAUCCACGAGAUGGCUCGGAAUGACUACGGUCUUCGUGAGGGGUAUUUCGCAAAGGUGUACAACGAAAUUACCACCAAAGCAUCCAGAAGAAAAGCGAUCCCUGGCAGCCCUCUCCCCGCGCCUCUACAUUACCGUUGUAUGCCUCACCGACCGCGGCCUCGGCCCUUCCCCUACACUGAACCGAUGAGACGUUUUCGUGAUGUGCCUGUCUGGCCACUCUCGGUACUUAUCCAGACCGGUUCGCUCCGGGGCCUGGACGAAUGGUUGAUGCGUGCCUCCUUUUCAGUCUCUAUCACGAUAAUCAUGGCGCCUCAUCAAUGCUCAAAGGUAACCAAGACCAGAUUUGAGAGUCUUCCACCAGAGCUAGUCACCAAUAUCCUUGCCCAUUUGCCAACAAAAGAAGUCCUGAGAGCGCGCAACAUAUCGAGGCACUUCCGAAAUCUCCUCCACAAUUGGGACAACGAGAAAGCGAUCGCACUCACCAUUACAAGGCGUAGCCACACCAGGAUUCGAAAGUUCAUAGACUCCACCCUACUAUUUCCCAAAAGCAGACCUUUCCAUCUCGCUUUUGCGACCUUUCUGGUCCACCGUGGAAUCCACCAGAAUCACCCUGAUCGCUUCGUGGACAUCACCGCCUUUGUGCAUCUUUGGCUGUACGUGCAUCAUGGUCCCAUCUCACCCGAUCUCGGACCAGAAGAGAAAUCUUUUAGGACAUCUGGUCUUUCCGUUAGCCUCAUCAUCUUUGCAAUGGCAAUCAUCGAUGUUUGGAGCCUCCAGCACCACCCGGAGUUCCCGACCGACCAGCCCAAAGCAGUGCAAUCCCGGGCUGCGUUCGUGGAUGCCGCAUUGAGGAGAUCAUCACAGUCGAGGGUGAUAUCGAGAAUAUAUGGGUGGGAUGAAGGCUACCUUGGCAAGGUUUGGGAUGAGCUGACAGCUCCUAUACCGCCGUUCCUGGAGAGUGCAGAGGCUGCCAAAUCUAGCGUUCAGGGCGGCGACAGGCAUGUCAGAGGAAGCAACAGCAGCGUCGCGAGAGAAGCUGAAGAAAUCUGGAAUGUGUCAGUUGCCACGAUCCCCCCAAUCGACCCUUGCCAGACCACUCCCACGGCAAUCCAAAAUACCGCGUCGAGCCCCUUCGGUCAUUGA